AUGCGACUCCUCGGAAUUGAUACCGGAGGAGUCGCGACGACGUCGCCUCGAGGAUCCGAGAAGGAGGAGAGGAGAGGGGCGACGUCGUCUCCUGUUUCGAGGCGGCCGGUGAUGAAGGACGUGGCGACUAUGACCUUCCCAGCGCCCAAGCGCUUCGGCCGGCUGGCGCCAGCGGGAGUAAGACCCUCGGGCACGAAGGAAUUGGAAGCUCCUGUCCGUAAGCGGACAGCCCCGUGCCCCCCGUUGGCGCCAAAGCGCCGGCCGCCGAACGACGGGGAUCAAAGACUCGCGCGUGUGGAGGAAGAAGAAGGCAGCCCCGAAGAUGGAUGCACUCUAGCUUAA